CAUGAGUUCGGUAUUGUGGGUUCAUUAACAAAGAAUUAUAUUACUAGUUUGAGGAUCCAAUGUCGUGCUCCAAUAGAUUGCUUAGCAAAGCAGUUGUUACAAUCAGCAAAAGAAUUCCAAAUCGCUUGUGGGACCCAGAUGACCUGAAACGAAAGUGUUCUCACGACCUUCCGCGAUGUUUCUGCUUAUAAGAUACCGACUAUUAUGGAAGGGACGCUAGCAGUACCUGGCCAAUUUCCAUGGAUCGUUUUCAUUGAAACUCCGACUGAUAUUUCAUGCGUGGGAACUAUUGUCAACUCUAAGCAUGUGUUGACUGCAGCCCAGUGCGUUCUUGAUGAAGAGGGAAAGUUGUGGAAUCCAUUCUGGUUCAAAAUUAUUGCUGGGGCGGUGGACUUGUACAACAUAUACCCUCGAGUUGUGUUCCGGAAAUUAGUUGCUAUUUAUGUUAAUCAAAAUUUUAAUCUCGUAACGCUAGAAAACGAUUUGGCUAUUUUACGGGUUGAUAAAGAAUUUCCUGAUCCACAUAACACGAUCGAAGUAGCUGAAAUUUAUCCCAUGGAGAUUGCACGAAAUGCUCUCUGUCAAUUCGCAGGAUGGUCUCCAUACACACUCAAUAAACAAACAGUUCAACAAUUCUUUUAUGGUUCCAGAAUUCAAGAUUGGUCUGUCUGCCAAACUACAAGAAACUCAGAAAAUUCCAUUUGUGCCAAAAGUGUGAGAAAAUCCAAUUCUUGCCAGGGAAACAAAGGAGCCGGGCUUUUCUGUGAUGGGAAAUUGAUUGGUGUGUUUUCGUAUGGUCAGAGCUGCAAUAGUACGGCAGUACCUAGCGUUUAUACAGAUGUUAGAAAGUUUCAGCCCUGGAUGCAAGAACAGUUUAUAAGAACUGAUAUACCAGCAGCUGGAAGCUCUCCAUUAUUAAAGAAUUGUUAAAAUUUUAUUUGUAUUUUUAUGUAGAACAAGAAUGGAAAAGUGAUAACGAA